AUGCUAAUGGCAUAUCUCGAACGAUCAUCACCAACAUUGAAAGAAACACUCCUCAAGAUAUACCGUGCCGAAAAACCUGUUGAGAUCGAUCAACAUUUCUACGAGUUUGGUUCGAUUCAAUAUCAUAUCAAGUGCUCUAUUUCGGAUUCACAUAUUGUGUAUGUAUCAACGUCGACGUUGCUUGAGACACAAGGGAUAGUGACUGUAAAGGAGACUUCAGGUCACACUUAUGAGAUGAUUAAGAAAAUUGCAGUUGGUGUGAUUGAUAUUGUUGAUCCACCAAAAUUAGGGUUUCAAUUGACCCUUAAACUUUACCUUGGUAAGAUCCCACGUGGCAAAGAAGCGAUUAAAAUCAUAACAAGAAUUUCUGAAAUACAAGCGUUGAUAUUAAGUAGCCAAUUAAAAGAGAUGCUGAAAAUGUUGAAUUUUCAAGAUGACGACUCACAAGCGAUGAACAACAGCAUCAGGCCCAUCAGGAUUGUUUAUCACCCAAGUGAACCUUUCUACGUCUUUAAACAGCCGGAGAAGAUAACGGCGGUGUUUCCAAUGAAUUUUAAAGACAAUGCGGAUGUGGUCAUCGCCGUGUCAUUCUUCCAGGAACUAGUGGAAGUGGGAAGCCGAAAGGAAAUGGGAAAGGCACCACAAUGUAAUUGGUCGCCAAUACCUCCUUUCCAACUUAGAGGAGAACCGGUCCAAGACUUGACCACCAAUUCUGGUUUUGUCUCUUUUGAUAUUACUUCACGGCACGUUGAAGGAAAGAGACUAGACAAAACGGUUUGGAACUUACUUAACUUCUACGCAUACGUUAAGUACCAUAUUAAGUGUUCGAGAGGGUACAUACAGAGAAGGAUGAGAAAAAGAAUGGACAGUUUGGUUAAGCUGCUAGUUAACACAAGCCUAGAAGAAGAAGCUGCUCAAAAGGAAAAUGAACGAUGCAAAAACGUAAAGAAGCGUAUGAAGGUACCUACAAGCCAAUUGAUGAUGAAAGAGAGAUGCAAGGAGAUGACAAGGAGAGUGAAGACAAGUAAAUUCCGGAUCAAAAUAAACGGCUGUGCUCGAUUUAGAUUCAGUCAACGGUGGAUAUCUCUCCCCAGAUUCUCUGCGAAACCCUCAAAUAAAUCAUACACAAAAUUGGACUAAUUAAGUAAUCUCUUAUAAACUUCGAAAGUCUGUCAAACAUACAUAUACGCAUGCAUAUUCAGUUAUGCACCUUUAUAUAUAUACUGUAUUACUGUGUAUUGAUAUAUAAUACGAUAUGAGUAUACAUACAGUAAAAUCUCUAUAAAUUAAUAAUGUUGGGACUUCAAAAAUGUAUUAAUUUAUAAAGUUAUUAAUUAAUCGAUAAAUUAAU